ACCACGCGUUUCCGGUCGCACAACUGUUCAGUUUGUUGUCAAACAAAAAAUUUUUUUUUCUGUCAGGAGGUCCUGUCAAUUCUUAAUUUUUUUUCUCCCUUUGCUCAUUGUUAACCAAAUAUAUAAAUUCUGCGUAGACAAAUGAGCUACGCUAGAUAAGAACAAAUUGCUUCGUCAUGAAUGCUACGCUGUGGACAUCUGUUGAUGAAUUAGCAAUAACAUUGAAGUUAUAUCGAUAUUCGAUAUACCAUUUGUUUUGAUGAGUCAACCUCAGAUUAACAGAAGUAAGCAGUGCAGCGAACACACAACCUGAACAUGAGUAAUGUAUUUGAAUACAGCACAAAAGAUCUGAUCCAUCUUACAAACAGCUGGAGUCAAGAUGAGCCCUUUGAACUGAGCCAGUUUGAUGAAGAAUUGCGGAAGAGAUGGGAAGCGGCUAUGAAAAAUGGAGUUUUCCGUUAUGAUAUUGACCAUAUCACUACUCGUAUUAUUCCUGGACCCAAACAUUAUGUUGCUCAGCUUAACUUGCCAAGAGCAAAAGAACGCCGCAAGCCUCAAGACAUACGCAGCAUCAAUCAACCAUUUAAUGGUUCAGAGUUCAACUUUACAUGGGUAGAUCAAAAAGAAGUUGUCUUCUACUUAAAGCGUAAAAACUGUCAGUCAGCACUGAGGAAGUGUGAGACUGUUGAAGAUGGAAUUCAUGAUGGAGCCCAGCAAGUGGACAGUGAAGAUGGUUUUGAGGCAAAACAGGUCAUGUACAAUGGCAUGUCUGAUUCACAGAUUUUAAGUAAAACAGAUUGUAACAGAAAUGCUGUCAUCAUCAAUGUCAGCCCUAUGGAGUAUGGACAUGUACUGCUUGUGCCACAUAUAGAUGCUUGUUUAACUCAAAUGUUGACAGAGUCCUCUAUACAAGCAUGUCUGGAAAUGAUUUUGCUUAGUAAACACAGGGGAUUCCGGAUUGGCUUCAACAGUCUGUGUGCCUUUGCUUCUGUCAACCACCUCCAUUUUCAUGCUUAUUAUCUGGAACAUGAGUUGAUAAUUGAUCACUGUCCUGCACAACAUCUUGUGGGAGGCUUGCAUGAGAUGACGGCCAUCCCUGUUCCUGGAUUUGCUUUCCAGCUGCAUAAUUCAACUGUUAAAGACCUCAGCAGACAUGUGUACAAAGUAAGCAGUUUCUUCCAUAAGGCUGAUAUUGCGCAUAACCUCUUCAUUAAUAGAGGAGUGGUGUUUGGGGAGGAGCGACAUUCUGUCAACACUACAGUUCGUGUGUUUAUCUGGCCUCGUCGCAAAUUUAUUGGCACCAAGUCAGCAGAAGAAUUUAACGUGGCUUCUAUAGAGCUUGCUGGUCAUCUGCCUAUUAGAGAGGAGAAAGGAUAUGAGACUUUGACAGAAGAAUGUGUCGAUGCCAUUAUUGCUGACUCCCAGCUGCCCCAUGGUCACUAUGAGCAGCUGAAACAACAGCUAGUGGAGAUGUUCACACCAGCCCACAGUCUACAAGAGUCAUAAUCGUUAGCCUCAGUCUGAACUGUGCAUUUUGUGAUUUGUUCCACUCCUCCCAUCUCUGACUUUCAUAAGAUUUAUCAUCUUUAAAAUUUCCCAUACCUUGUCCUUCCCAGCACGAAAAUUUAUCUGAAGUGAUAUUUUCUAUGUUGUGUAAAUUAUUGCAUCUUUUGUCAUGUGCUGCCUCAUAAUUUUGAUCUGGUACAGUUAAUGUGAGAAAAGUCCAGUGUUUGGUCCGUCGCCACAACAGAGUUUUGAAACACAUUGACAUUAACAUUUCCAAAUAACCAUAGAACAUUGCAUUCUGUUUCUUUCUUUUUUUUGUCAAUACCAUUGUUUAAUUUAUACAAAGUAUAGAAUUUUGACAGAUCUGUGUGUUAAGGAAUUAAUAGGAUAUAGAGAAAAGGACAUAAUAUGAGGAAGGUCAUAAAUGUGACAGGAAGAGAGAGCUUUUAGCUAACACCAGGGAAGCCACGAAUCCAACAUAUCAUGUACAUGUAUUUGGAGCUGUUAUGCCUAGGCUUCUGGAAACAGGAUUCUUUGGGGUUGUUAUAUAAUACUUGCACAUCAUUUCAUACAUAAACAUGCCAUAAACAUUAGAGGGCACAUAAACAAACUGCAAAUGCUUAUCAAGCUCACAUUUGGAGCUGUCAGCAUUCUUGGACCAUGCAGAUUGUUACAGGGUACAAAGCUGAAUAUUUGUGGUUAUAAAAUUAUAUGUGUUUGGAGGGAUUGAUGUUUGGUUUAUGUAAUAACUUAUUGCCAAAAGGCAGACGGAUGGGGAAUAUGGUCUUGGCUUUUCUUCUUAUUGAGGAUGAAUCUCAAAGUAGCUAGACCACGAAGUUCUGAUUGUGUGUGUGUGUAUUUACAUGUGUGGUGUUUACAUGGAUUGCUUUUCUUAUUGCUCAGCACUUUAAGUCAGAUUUGUUUGGAAAUAAUAAAUUUUUUUAUAAUUCAUCUAUUUUUAUAAUUGUGAUUAUUACCUGUGACUAAUCUUGCAUAUUCUCAUUGCCUUAGGACAAACAAAAAAUGUGGUAAUGUGAUCAUUAGGUAGACUUCUGUUGUGUAUUACUGAGCUAGCAUUGAAAAUGCAAUUUCUGUGAACACCAUCUAUAAAGCCUCACAUGAUAUUUUAUUUUCCCCUUUUGGAAAUAUUGUCAGUUAAUUCCAUCAAUCGAAAUAUAAUUAUGUGCUUUAUUGUUAUUCUGUAUCUGUUGCAGUCUGUUUGGAAUCAGAUCUGUGAUAUGGUGGAUGAUUGUUUCUUAAAAUGUGGUCAUUAAAAUUAGACUCAAACAA